AAACUUAAAGUACAGAUAGGGGGGAAUUAAUCGCCUUAAGCUGUUUACGUGGAAGCACUGAAUUCAUUCAUAAUAAUUUAUGUGUGGCUUAAAGUUUUGUGGCUUGAUUCUAAAGUUAUCUAUUGGCUUGGGGGCAUGUCAAUGUCAUGUCAGUGUGUGUCCAGUUGAGCUUUGAAGAUGACAGAAGUCGAAUUCCGAUUACAACAACAAAUGGAAAGUUGAUUUAUUCAUUCAUUCUGCUAUUAGUUGUAAUUGUUUAGACUUUGAGAUCAACGGCGUAAUAACUAACAAUGAGCGCAUCGGCCUCAACGGUCAUUUUGUACUCAAAGUAUACACUUCCAUCAUCAUACUCCUCAUCUUCAGAUCUUCCUUCAUUUCAACGGAAGAAGAAGCAUCAUCGUCGCUCUGUACUACGGGCUGCUGCUCCCAAUACAGACAACAAGAACGAAAAUGCCCAAAACGAAGAACAAUCUUCUUCUUCUUCUGUGUCUCUCAGUCUUGACGACGUGAACCCUGUGGGACUGGGUCGUAGAUCGCGACAGUUAUUCGAUGAGGUUUGGAGAAAAUUCUCUGGAUUAGGUCAGAUCUCUAGGACAAUCCGCACCGAUGAUCAGGAUGCCCUUCUAGUCGGUGAAAGCGGCCCUAUGUGUGAGUUCGCAAUCCCUGGCGCUCAGAAUACUACCGUCCUCGUUGUUGGUGCCACCAGUCGCAUCGGCCGCAUCGUUGUUCGUAAGCUCAUGCUCAGGGGUUACUCCGUCAAGGCUUUGGUACGCACUGCAGAUGAAGAGGCUGUACAGCUACUUCCUAGGUCAGUUGAGAUUGUGAUUGGGGAUGUUGGUGAUCCCGCCACUGUCAAGUCUGCCGUUGAAGGCUCCAACAAAAUUAUAUAUUGUGCCACUGCCCGCUCUACUAUUACCGCUGAUCUCUUCAGGGUUGAUCAUCAAGGUGUUUAUAACUUAUCUAAAGCAUUUCAGGAUCACAAUAACAAAUUGGCUCAGUUGCGGGCUGGGAAAAGCAGCAAAAGUAAGCUUAUGGUGGCUAAAUUCAAAUCUCAAUCUUCUCUCAAUGGAUGGGAAGUUCGUCAAGGAACUUACUUCCAAGAUGUAGUUACUACAAAAUAUGAUGGAGGGAUGGAUGCCAAAUUUGAGUUCACUGAGAAUGGAGAUGCUGUUUUCUCAGGUUAUGUCUUCAAUAGAGGUGCCUAUGUAGAACUGUCAAAAAAGCUUUCUCUACCAUUGGGUUCUACUCUUGACAGGUAUGAGGGAUUGGUUCUCUCUGUUGGUGGCAAUGGUAGAUCUUAUGUAUUAAUUCUAGAAGCCGGUCCUUCAGGGGAUCCAAGUCAGAGUAAAUUGUAUUUUGCAAGAAUUAGUACAAAAGUGGGAUUUUGUAGGGUUAGAGUGCCAUUUUCAUCAUUCCGCCCUGUGCAACCAGAUCAUCCAGUUUUAGAUCCUUUUCUUGUACAUACAUUAACAAUACGGUUUGAGCCUAGAAGACAGAGGCCUACUGAAGUAAAUGCCACAAAGAACCAGGAUAUGAGAAGCUUUCAGCUAAUAUUGGAAUAUAUAAAAGCCUUGCCUACUGGACAAGAAACCGAUUUUGUCUUAGUUUCAUGUUCUGGCCUAGGUAUUGAGCCUUCCAGGCGGGAGCAAGUUCUUAAAGCCAAGAGGGCAGGCGAAGAUUCCUUGAGAAAAUCUGGCCUUGGAUACACAAUAGUUCGUCCGGGUCCAUUGCAGGAAGAACCUGGUGGGCAGCGUGCUCUAAUAUUUGAUCAAGGAAACAGAAUAUCUCGGGGAAUCAGCUGUGCUGAUGUGGCUGAUAUAUGUGUGAAAGCACUCCAUGAUACAACAGCCAGAAACAAAAGCUUUGAUGUAUGUUACGAGUAUGUUGCUGAGGAUGGAAUGGAGCUUUAUGAGCUGGUUGCCCACUUGCCUGACAAAGCAAAUAACUACCUGACACCAGCUCUCUCUGGAAUCAGCUGUGCUGAUGUGGCUGAUAUAUGUGUGAAAGCACUCCAUGAUACAACAGCCAGAAACAAAAGCUUUGAUGUAUGUUACGAGUAUGUUGCUGAGGAUGGAAUGGAGCUUUAUGAGCUGGUUGCCCACUUGCCUGACAAAGCAAAUAACUACCUGACACCAGCUCUCUCUGUCUUAGAGAAGAAUACCUGACCACCCCUGGUUGAGACAACAUACCUUCUAAAAGAUGAUGUCAAGUGCCUCUUACCACCUUGCAUAUUGGCACAUAUAUUUGUCAUGGUGAUGCGCAACAAUUGGAAAAUUUAUGUUAAUUUUAUUGACUGUUUUAGUUAAUCAUUUGUACAAAACAAAAAAAACAAAAAACAAAAAUUGUAGAUAUUAUAGUGGACUGAGCGCCUAUUUGAAUUGACUUAUUUUUAAGUUUAUGCAAAAUAGUUUAUGCAAAUAAAUAGGUUUUUAUGUAUUA